GGAUAUCGUCUUCACCGGGGCUGAAUGUGCUUGUCCGAGCUCGGUGAGGCGGACCCGGUGAUCCGCCGCGGUCCAAGUGUGGAUGAGGCCGGUGUGAGCUAAGAUGAGCCGGUUUGUGCCCGCCGGGUGACGGUGAGACGAGGUGUGGUCACGGUAGACUCACAACACUGUUGAGUCAGAACAGCUUCAGAUACGACACUGGUCUACAGCUGUCACAGACCUGAUAUCGACACGGUGCCGCUGAGUGUGUGACUGUUUACCGCUGAGUUGUGAGUCAGCAGAUGUGUUGUUACAACUUUCAACUGAUCGCUGAACUUCACCGGUUACAACACAGGCAAGAUUAUCACCCUGUCUGAUCUAGAGUGUGACUACAUCAAUGCUCGAGCCUGCUGCUCCAAGCUCAACAAAUGGGUAAUUCCAGAGAUGGUUGGCCAGUGUCUCUCCACCAUGCUGAUGUUGGUCUCCAUGCACUGGUUCAUCUUUGUCCUCAACCUGCCUGUAGCAGCCUGGAACAUUUACAGGCACAUGAAGGUUCCGAUGGGAAACAUGGGCGUGUUUGAUCCCACUGAGAUCCACAACCGAGGUCAGCUCAAGUCCCACAUGAAGGAGGCCAUGAUAAAACUGGGUUAUCACCUUCUCUGCUUCUUCAUUUAUUUGUACAGCAUGAUCCUGGCUCUGAUCAACGACUGAAGCACUCAGCGACCUCUCUGACCCCAGCUGCCAAAUUCCAAACUCCAGGGUUUGCUGUUUUUCCCCUCACAUCCCACUCCUGUACUGUAUGCAUCAAAUAUGUCAGAACAGCAGAUAGAACAUGUUUGCUACCACUGUCCUGAGCUUCACUGUUAUCAGAAUCCCAGAGUUUUACCUUUGAUACAAAACUGAACUUGAUAUUUAACUAUUUAACAUGUCAGUACCAUCAUGACUAUUGUGAGGGGAACCUCUGUGUAUUCCACAGCUUCUAGUGGCUGUAAGAAACAUUGUCACUGUGUAGUGAGGAAGAUUCCCUCAGCAGAUAGAGACAGUGAAGAGGUCCUAUAUUACAGUACUAACAAUAACAUCAAGAGUUUCUGUCUGUUUCUACAUCAGGUGGAACACCUGAGUGUUUAUUACCAAAGCCAAAUUGGGGAAACUCCAGUAUCACCUCGAUCCCAAAACACAGCAUGACUUCUUUUGCCCCCUCCCUGCCCUCUGACACACCACUGUAGUCUCAUGUCCAGCACCUCUGUACUUUUGCUUUGCCAUUUCAAAGUCCAGAUUUAGACUCCAGUACUAUGAAAGAUCGAACACCUACUGUAGGUGAUGUUGUCACAGCAACAGGAACAGCUGGGGUCGCAGCAACCUCUUGUGUCUGCAUGCUGUAAUUGGCUGAUAGCAAGUACGCGUACAGAUGUACCUAAUAAAGAUGCCACUGUGUGUCUGUAGUGGUCAUUUUGUUUGAUUGGCAGGAGGCAGACUGAGGACAGGGCUGCUUAGUGUCUGUCACCAUUGCUCAUGUCAUUCAGUGUCUGUUCAGCUGACUCAGCGUGUUGAAUUAGGUCGUAAAGCUGAUGAAAGUAAAACUUGGUAAUGCCAUUUGCAAUUUCUUGUCCAGACAUAUUCUCCUGAUGAGACUCCAUGAUGAGACUGCUGAGCCAGACUGAAAGUAAAACAUAAAGUAAUAAUAGUAACCUCUAUCUGACACCUCUUAAAAACAAAGUGCUUUACAGUAAACAGCAAUUAAGAAGUAAAUAAAAUCCAAACCAUGUGAGAUGAACAAUUAGAGCAAACACCAUCAGUUAGAACUGCUGUAAAAUAACAGAGGGUUUUAAUUUAAAUGACGACACUGACUUAGUGCAAAGUGUGUGGACAAGGUUCGGGUUGGAGAGCACUGUCUACCACCUCCCCAUCCUCCUCCCAAAUGUGUUCUGUCAGGUUCAUGCAGUGACUGAAGUCCAGAACAAAUUAUUUCAAUCAUGUCAGUCUCCCACUGACUGGAUGUAGUGGUCCUGUGUGUGUGUUCUCUGGACUCCUCCAGCUCUCUCUCCCACUUUACUGUAACAAAAUGAUUUAAAGCUUGACUGACCGAUUUGAUCAAAGUAUCAGAGGUUUUCUGAUGCUCAGAUGUUUGUGAUGGUACUGAAGUGAAGUAAAACUCUUGUUACUGUGACAACAGCUGAGGAGCUGUCUUCCUGUUCUGAGACUUUUUAUGCAUACAGGAGCUCCCAGCAUCACACUCCAUCACUGAUCACCAACCACAGCUCCGCCUACACACCGACAGACAGACAGACAGACAGACACACACACACACACACACAUUGAUAAAUUUUUGUGUGUAUUCAUCACACACAUCACUGGUAGAGUGAAGGACUAUCACACUAACACACACUCAUCAGUCCUCUCAGUGUAUGGUGGUGCUGUGCUGGAAGGACACAGGACACAUCACAGCUGGAUCCUGAACUGGGCAGUUAGGGGUUUGGCUAUGAAACAGGCUGUUGAAAGAAAUGAUACUUUAUGUAAGUGAUGUCUGUUGUGUUAUUACUGAGUAAGUGGCAGCAAGGAACCAGCAGGUAUCUCAGCCACUCACUGAGAUGAAGGAUGUGUGCUGUCCUCUGUGUUUGGUGAGACAGAGCAGUCCUGACUGUAUAGGUAGUUCAUCUCCUCAGUGGGUGAACCGCUAGUGAAUGAGUUCAUGUCUGAUUCAAACUAUAAUGUCUUCUGCAGUGUUAAGUUUCUGAAUGGGAGGUAAAUGUGGUGUUUCAUAAAUAAACAUGAAAGACAA